AUGGCCGAGGAGGGUAAUCCAGCUGUCCCGAAGACCGCAGACUCGAAGGACGAGGUCCCCCAAACUGCAGAGACCACUGCCAAAUCUCCAGAACUGUCGCAAGCCGAUCAGGAUGUUCAAAAGCCGUCGAAGGAAGGCGAUGAUGUGGCCGGCCAUGAUCAAGUCGCCGCUCCCGCCGAGGGCAAACCUGAGAAGACAGACACCACCUCCCUGGAAACCGCUGAAAUAGCUAAACCCACUGAGUCGGGAUCGCAAGAACCAGGAGCCACAAGUGAUAAUGCUGAAGCCAGGACUGGGGCGGACGAUCAAGCGACGGGUGCCAAUGGGACCCCCACAUCCGCCAAAAAGUCGUCCAAGCGCAAGUCAAUUGGCGUACCAGAGCAUCGUUCCAAGAAAAUGUCUAAAAAGAAGGCGGUGGCUCCCACUACCCAUCUCGAUGCGCAGCCAGGAGAGUACUACUUUGCUCGUCUGCGAAGCUGGCCGCCAUGGCCUGCGAUUAUCUGCGACGAGGAAAUGUUACCUCAAAGCUUACUUGCUACACGCCCUAUUACAACCAAACAGAGCGACGGCACAUACACUGAACAUUUCAAAGAUGGAGCCAAGAGGGUCCAUGAGCGGACGUUUCCAGUCAUGUUCCUCCACACCAACGAAUUUGCAUGGAUCCCGAAUACUGACCUUGUGCCACUUGAUCCAGAACAAUGCAAGAACCCAGAGAAGGCCAAAGGCAAAGGCCUGCUUGCAGCUUAUCAGGUCGCCUCCGAAGGCCAUGAUCUCCAGCAUUUUAAGGAUAUGUUAGCAGAUCACCAACGGGCAUUGCAGGAAGAUGAGGAAGCACGAGAGGCCCGAGCAAAAGCCAAACAAGAUAAAAAAAAGCGAAAGAGCAUGGAUUUGGCGGAUGAGCGUGAAGAUGUGGAGAUGGCAGAUGUUGGUGCUGAGAAACCAAAAGCCACCAAGAAACGUAAGAAGGACGUUGAGAGCGAAGGAGAGAGCGACAAGCCCGUGAAGACUCCUAAGACAGCCACCAAGCUUAAGUUGACUACCCCCAAGGCGCCGGCCUCUAGCGAGACCGGCAAAAAGGGAGCUACUGCUAAAGCUACCAAGUCCAAGGGGCCCGGCGGCAGAAAAGCAAAACAACCUCCUCCAGCCAGCGAUGAAGAGGAGGCUGAAGAAGCCCCCAAGGAACCCGAACCGAAGGUUAAUCCCGCAGAAGCCAAGGCGAAAAGAGAGAAAGAGAUUUUCUACCUCCGUCAUCGAUUGCAAAAAGGUUUCCUCUCACGUGAUCAGGUACCGAAAGAGAGAGAAAUGGAAGCCAUGUCCAGCUAUAUCUCACGGCUAGAUUCCUAUGACGACCUUGAAAUCAGUAUCAUCCGAAAGACCAAGAUUAGCAAGGUCCUCAAGGGCAUCAUCAAGUUGGCUGAUAUUCCUAAGGAGUCGGAAUACAAUUUCCGCGGCCGGUCAAUCGAUAUUUUGAAGAAGUGGAAGCACUGGGAUGCACCCGCUACUGAGCGCGAGGGGGACAAACCCUCGGCCGAAAAUAAGGCAAAGCCCGCUGCCAACGGGGUUCGCGAUGAAAUGAAUGGUAAAGGUAGCAGUAAAGAUGAUGUCGCUGCUCCUGACACCGAUGAGGCUAUGCCUGAUGCAGAUGCUGACGAGUCUGAAAAGAAGGCGGAAGAAAAGGAACCAACUUCCCCCACUGCUGAGGAGAAGAUUGAAACUGAGCCUAUGGCUGCUUAAAAACAACAAAACCUGCAUUUGGGAUUUUGGAUGGCCAAAUUUUUGUGGAUAGGCCCCUAUUGUUACUUUACCAACCUUCAUUCGCAAAUAGCUAAAAUCACUACAGAAGUUAAGUCGUCGGCCUGGGAAGGUUAUAGGUUGGCUUGCUUUUUAUGUCUUCCUUGUUCCUGUCAAAACAACUUGUUGUUUAGUCUUCGCGUUUGCGGUUGGUUUGCCUAUACAGGAUGGUUCGCGCUCAUUGUGCGUUUUUUUUUUUUUUUUUUUUUUUUUUUUUUUUCCGUCUUUUCUGCGUCUUUUUUCCUUUUUCAUCAAAAUGCUGAGAUGGUCACAUAUUGUUUGUCUGGCAAUGGAGGGAAUGAUUCUGUACUUGACCUACUAUUGUUGCUUCCUAUUAAUCUCUUGCCGCUUGAAGAGCUCCAGAGGGUAUGCUCAAGGCUCGCUACUAAGAUUGGCAAGUAUCAAAUUCAAUUCUAGCCUGUUGUUUUUAGAUCUUUAUUCCUCGUGGUUUGUUAAAAGACAUUCAUUGGGGCCUUUGUUCAUGGUUUGUGAUUUGCUUUGAUUCUAGCUGUGGCCUCGUUCUAGGGAUAGCUAGGCAGCAGCUAGAGGUAUGUGAAGAGCCCAACGGCGAUCUUCAAUCUUGCAAGAUAGUGACAAUGCAAUAAGUGACACCGAAAAAGUUAUUCGGAGAUGGAAAGAAAAAAA